UUGUAAUAAUUGACACCUGUUUUACCCAAUAAAAAAAUUACUUCGUUUUCGAGGCAUUUUUUAUAGACUUGCUAGAAGUAAAUUUUUUAUAGUUUAUUAACUCGUCAUCAAUUAAAUGAAGAUCUUAAAUUGUUAUGUAUCUGAUAUUGUUCAUAAUAUAGGUCAACAAAAUCUUGCUUCAUGUGCGUUUAGACUGUGAAACGACUCAAUUACCAGUGAGAUAGAAAGAACUUAUUUGUAAAUCAUGUCACUUUGGCGAGUUGUCAUAUCAUCUCAAAGUAAAAUAAUAUACAGUAAUCAUCCAAGGGAAAUUCUUUGGAAAUACGUUUUCAAAACGAAAGGAUCAUUAGUUAACACAGUUAAACAAGAAUUUUAUUGUAAUAUAAAAAAAUAUAAUGAAAUAAGGCCAAAGCUCCAAAAAAAACUAACUUCCUCAAUACAUUUAGGACUUGGUGGACUAGGAGUAUUUUCAACUUGCCUCUUUAAAUGUCUCUCAAAACAAGCAAAAUGUGAAGCUAUUAAUUUAGAAUAUGAUAUUAAUGAUUUACAUGACAAGCAAUUAUCAUCAUUUAAAUGGAUCACCUUAUUGAAGUAUUUACUUCCUCACAUUUGUUACUUGUUGGUAGCAAUAACGAGUGCAUUUGUGGUUGCUAUUUUAAAUAUUUGGAUACCUCAAAGUGUUGGUCAUGUUGUUAAUGUUAUAACCAAAGUUAGACAAGGAACCAAUAAUUAUGAUAAUAAUUUUUAUACUAGUAUUUUUCAACAACUUGCCGCUCCUGCAUUUAGAUUGGCUCGUAUGUAUUUAAUUCAAGCCUUUUUUACUUUUACUUACAUUUAUACUCUUUCUUGUGUUGGAGAAAGAGUAGCUAUGCAACUACGUCAGGACUUAUUUAAGUCUGUAAUAAUGCAGGACAUUGAGUUUUUUGAUAAGCAUAGAUCUGGUGAAAUAAUGAACCGAUUAACAACUGACAUUCAAGAUUUUAAAAGUUCAUUUAAAAUGAUAAUAUCUCGAGGGUUUAGAAGCUUAACACAAAUUGUAGGAUGUGUAAUUUCUGUGAUAAUCAUUUCACCACAACUUACAGGUGUUAUGAUAUUAUGUUUGCCAACAGUCAUAUUUAUAGGUACUCUUAUUGGUAGAAAUUUGAGAAAUUUAUCUAAUGAAGCACAAAGUCAAAUUGCUAAAUCUACUGCCGUUUGUGAAGAAGCCAUUCAAAAUAUUCGAACGGUUAGAGCUUUUGCUGCUGAAGAAAAAGAGUUAGAAUCUUUUUCUAAUGAGGUCGAAUCCGCAGCAACAUUAUAUGAAAGACUGGGUCUUGGAAUCGGGCUGUUCCAAGCUGGAACCAAUAUAUUUCUGAAUAGUAUCCUUCUUUCAACACUGUAUUUUGGAGGUCACUUAAUAUCUAGUGGCCAAUUAUCUCCAGGUGACCUAAUGGCUUUCUUGAUGGCCACUCAAACGAUCCAAAGAUCAUUGACGCAAAUAUCUGAGCUUUUUGGGACUUACGUAAAAGGCGCAAGUGCUGGCGUUCGAAUAUUUGAAUACUUGGAGUUAAAACCUUCACCAAUUAUGACUGGGGGACUUAACAUCGGAGAUGAAUUUGUUGAAAGCAAUAUCAAAUUUGAGAAUGUCACAUUCAGCUAUCCAACACGACCUGAUGCUAUUAUUUUAAAAAAUUUUAAUUUAGACAUCCCAGCUGGCAAAACUGUUGGUAUUGUUGGUGCUAGUGGGCAAGGAAAAUCAACAAUUGCAGCUCUUUUAGAAAGGAUGUAUGAAGUAUCUAGUGGAUCAAUAAGUAUUGGUGGUAUAGACAUAAAAACUUUAAACUCUAGCGAUCUCAGACGUAAAGUUUUAGGAUACAUUGGUCAGGAACCAGUUUUAUUUUCAACAAGUAUUAUGAAUAACAUCAGAUAUGGGAACGAUAAGGCUUCUGAUGAUGAUGUUAUUGAAGUAGCUAAAGAAGCCAAUGCACACGAAUUUAUUGAAAGCUUUCCAGAGGGUUAUUACACACAAGUUGGAGAGCGAGGUGCACAGCUUUCUGGUGGUCAAAAACAGCGAGUUGCAAUUGCAAGAGCGUUGAUAAAAAAACCGUCAAUCUUAAUAUUAGACGAAGCUACAAGUGCCUUAGAUUAUGAUAGUGAACGAAUUGUACAAAAAGCUUUAGAUCAUGCCAUGAAAGACAGAACCGUCCUGGUAAUUGCCCACCGGUUAAGUACUAUUAAAGAUGCAGAUAUAAUCGUUGUCUUAAAACAUGGUGCAAUUGUUGAAAUGGGCACACAUACAGAAUUAAUUCAAAAACAAGGAGUAUAUUACAACUUAGUGAAGCAAGAAAAAGAUAAUGAAAAUGAAAUGUAAAAUAGAAGUAAAAGAAUGAAGUUAACUUAACAAUUGUUUAAAUAGAAAUA